GCUGCUUCAGCUCACAGUUUAUAUACAACCAGAGACACGAGCGAGUCCAGCAGCUCAGUCACUCACCGACUCACUCGGAACUCUGACUCUGUGAAAGUGUCACAACUCGUCUGUGAAACAUCGACCAUCGCUCGCUCAGAGAAGUAAGUCCUGAUUCCUGUGUCAACAAAGUGCGCACUCUCACUGUGGAAGAGAGGACACUUGGAAACCAGUGUUUUUCCCUCAUCUGGGAAAAGGGAGAAGAAGAAGGGGAGGAAAGUUGUUUUUGUAGCUUAGUUUUUGGUUUCUCUUCUAUGUAUACCAAGAUGGAAACUACUUUUUAUGACGACUCACUCAACGCUUUCUCCCAGCGCGACAACGCCGGCUACGGGUACAGCAGCGACCCCAAAGCGCUGAAACACAACAUGACACUGAACCUGUCGGACCCGACCGGCACCCUGAAACCUCACCUGCGGACCAAGGCUGCCGACAUCCUCACCUCCCCGGACGUGGGCUUGCUGAAACUGGGCUCUCCAGAACUGGAGCGGCUCAUUAUCCAGUCCAGCAACGGUCUCAUCACCACCACACCGACCCCGACCCAGUUCAUGUGUCCCAAGAACGUGACCGACGAGCAGGAGGGCUUCGCUGAGGGGUUCGUCCGAGCUCUGGCCGAGCUGCACCACCAGCACAUGCCGCCUCCGGCCAGUGUGAGCGUCACCUCAGCCGCACAGACCAGCGUCAACAGCGCGCUGCCGCCCGUCUCCUCUGUCGCCGGUGCCACCGUGUACAGUACCAACGCCAGUAUACGCUCCGACUCACCGGUGUAUGAGGACUUGAACACUUUCAACCCAGCCAACAGCUCGGUCUCUGCCCCAAACUACCCCACCUCAGCACCGACUAUGUCCUUUCCCGCUGCCGCGCCUCAGCUUCCCCUCUACGGCCACCUCCCACGGCUCUCCGCGCUCAAAGAGGAGCCUCAGACUGUGCCUGAGAUGCCGGGGGAGACGCCUCCUCUCUCCCCGAUCAACAUGGAGUCACAGGAGCGCAUCAAAGCCGAGAGAAAGAGGAUGAGGAACCGCAUCGCUGCGUCCAAGUGCCGCAAGAGGAAGCUGGAGCGCAUCUCCAGGCUGGAAGACAAAGUCAAGAACCUCAAGUCCCAGAACUCUGAGCUCUCAUCCACCGCCAACAUGCUGCGUGAGCAGGUGGCGCAGCUGAAGCAGAAAGUGAUGAACCACGUCAACAGCGGUUGUCAGCUCAUGUUGACGCAGCAGCUCCAGACUUUCUGAGCUGUUUGUCUGAGAGAAAAAGACUGUAGUUGAAUGAGACGGACGCUUCCUGUGAUAGUGAGUGGCUGUGUCUCCUGAAAUCGAGGCGCGAUUUUGGGGAGGAUGUGGCGGACCACACUGACUGGCAGGACCGUGGGCCGCGCAAAAAGUUCCUGAGGGUGACGACGCGCUGCCCGGUGGCGCGUCCCGCAGAGAGGGGGCAACGCGGGACACUAACAGUGGCCAUGAACCAGAGAGAGGGGGCAUGGUAACAAGCAGGAUAUCUCUGUUUCUGUUUCGUGCUGUUUUCACAGAACUGGACUGGAGUGAACUUUUCUUGAUUUAAGCCCAACUCUGCAUGGACCUCAUCACACCACCAGAGGACAAGUAUUCAGUAUUAGAGGAUGUAACAACCUGCAAUAGACAUGUUACUCGGCCUCACUCAUGGUUGUGUUGGCCAACUCAGAACUGACAAGUUGUAACAAAAGCUGCCAGACUUCUGACUUACAGUACAAAGUACUUUUGUUUUCUUAAUUGUGAGAAAGUUGGAAAAGCUUCAAGAAAUGACUUGUUUUAUUUUCUAAAGCUGUUUAAUGGGGUUUCACUCAUUGUUAUAUGUAUAUAAGAACAACUUGGAGUACUUAUGUUUACCAUUUGUAAUAAGAAUAAUGCAAUUUUUUUUAUUGUUUUGUUUCCUGAGCACUUCAGAAACGAAUGGAUAUUUAAGAAAAUAAAGCAGAUGAAAUGAA